AUUUCAUCCUCGUCCAACUUCAGCUUUCAUUCAUUCUUCACUUAUUCUCCCACCUCCCACUGUCACUCACACGAUCACCGAUCAUUGCUCGGGUUCCGUUCCCUUCAUGUCGAAUGCGUGGGACUCGCCAUCGCACAGGUAGCGGAAUCCAGUCCUCCAGCGUGAAUGCUUUGUUAAAAGACCCCUCGCUCUCCAUCGAGCUCGAUACUCUUGACCAACACCACAAAUCCACCACCUCCCAUAAACCUCAGCCUCUUGCCCAUUUCCUCAAACGCAUUGCCAAACUCGAAGUUCUUGCAGAGAGAGAAGAGAUGAAGUUCUCUCACAGCAUCCAGUUUAAUGCUGUUCCAGACUGGAGCAGCAACUACAUCUCCUACAGUAAUCUCAAAAAGCUCAUCUACACCCUCGAAAAGCAAAUCAACAAAGCCCCCGGCGAACUCGAAGAUGAAGAAAAUACCUCCCUCCUUGGCGGUCAACUCGACCCUGAUACCACCUUCAAGCGCAUGCUCGACUCGGAACUCGAUAAGGUCUGUUCCUUUUAUCGCUUGAAAGAACUCGAGGUCUUUGGCGAACUCGACCAGCUCAUCAAAGAUGCCGAAUCCUACAAAACCGAAACAAGAGAUGUUGACAUGGACGAUGUUAUCGACACGGAAAACCGUCGCAAGACAGCCAGAUCUCAGAGCAUAUUCAACGUCCCGUUUCGUCGGAAAAGGAGGACUUCCACAAUGAGCGUUAGCAUCGAAGAACCUGAAGACGAGGACAGCGAUAGCGACGCUGAAGAUAGCGCCCAUAUGAUCAAGAAGUCGAGACCUUCGUUGAAGCAGAGGAGCAAGACCGUUUGGACCGGCGCUGAACACACCACCGGCUCCAAUGGCGCCUUGUCAGAAUCUAGAGAAGACCUUCGUGCCGCCACCGAGACUCCCGCCUUCCUCAGACGAAGACCCAGCCUGGCUUUGGAACUUGAGGCCUCUGAUCCCGGUCAAGUCGCCUCCCUCUACGAUUCCGGUAUAAACCUGAAAAAACGCACUAUCAGCUUGUUCGUCUCCCUUAGCGAGCUGAAGUCUUUCAUCCAGCUCAACCACACUGGCUUCAAGAAGGCUUCCAAGAAGUACGACAAGGUUUGCAAUCGCGAUAUCCGAAAGAAUUACAUGGACAAGGUGGUUGGUCCUUCAUAUCCCUUCCUCCCCUCCACCACACAGCUCUUGGACGAGAACAUUACAAAGGUCGAACGAGUCUACGCCGACAUUGUCACCAAAGGCGAUAUCGACCUCGCCCGACGAGAACUGCGACUGCACCUCCGGGAACAUGUCGUAUGGGAAAGAAAUACCGUCUGGCGAGAAAUGAUUGGAAUAGAACGAAAGGCCCAGGCGGCGAACUUUGGUAUCCGACAGACUCUUCUCGGCGGUGCUCAAGACCCCUCUCAAGCGCGAAGACAAGGCGACCGCGAAAACAUCGAUACCAAAGAGAUAGCUACCCCGGUCGGUCGAUAUCGAUGCCCCAGGUGGCUGUUCAGCUCCACCUUCUUCGCCCUGUUGGCCAUUCUCGCCAUCUUCAUCGUUCUACUUUUCACCCCCAUCCUUAAAAAGCCAGAGCAGCAGAACUGCCUCGCCAUGCUGGUCUUUGUAUCCCUGCUCUGGGCCACCGAAGUUAUUCCUCUCUUCGUCACCUCACUGCUCGUUCCCUUCUUGGUGGUGGUAUUGCGCAUCAUGCGAACAGAAGACAAGCCCCACGAGCGUCUCGACUCCAAGGCCGCCACUAAAGCUGUCUUUGCUGCUAUGUGGACUCCCGUCAUCAUGCUGUUGUUGGGAGGUUUCACCAUUGCCGCAGCCUUGUCUAAAUACCAUAUUGCUAAAAUGAUGGCGACCUUUGUCCUCAGCAAGGCCGGAACGCGAGCUCGGACUGUCUUGAUCACCAACAUGUUUGUCGGAAUGUUUCUGAGCAUGUGGAUCUCCAAUGUGGCGGCUCCAGUCCUAUGUUUCAGCAUCAUUCAACCUAUGCUGCGCAACCUUCCAGCUGACAGCAACAUGUCCAAAGCUUUGAUCUUGGGCAUCGCAUUGGCGUCCAACAUCGGUGGCGCAGCCUCUCCCAUUGCAUCACCGCAAAAUAUCAUUGCUCUGCAGAACAUGAAACCAGGUCCUAGCUGGGGCAUCUGGUUUUUCAUCGCUCUGCCUGUUUGUAUUAUCAGUAUCGUCUUCAUCUGGCUUCUCCUUCUCGUCACCUUCAAGCCUGGCAAAGGCACCACGAUCGUUCCUAUCCGCCCGAUGAAAGACAAGCUGAAUGGAGUUCAGUAUUUCAUCAUCUUUGUCACCCUGGCCACCAUUGUCCUCUGGUGUACAUCGCACCAGCUCGAAAGCGUCUUUGGUGACAUGGGCGUUAUUGCCAUUAUCCCCAUGGCUCUCUUCUUCGGUACCGGCAUUCUGACCAAGGAAGACUUCAACAAUUUCCUCUGGACCAUCAUCAUCCUCGCCGCCGGUGGGCUGUCUCUGGGCAAGGCCGUAUCGUCAUCUGGACUUUUACACACCAUUGCCAAGCAGAUCACCGAUUCGGUCGCUGGUCUUUCUGUCUAUGGCGUCCUUGUCGUCUUCGCCGCCUUGAUUCUUGUCGUUGCCACAUUUAUCAGCCACACCGUCGCUGCCUUGAUCAUCCUUCCUCUUGUUCAGCAAGUUGGGGCUGGAAUGCCAGAGCCACAUCCUAAUCUUCUCGUCAUGGGUAGUGCCCUGAUGUGUUCGGCUGCGAUGGGUCUACCGACAUCUGGGUUUCCGAACAUGACUGCCAUCAUGAUGGAAGUCCCCGAAACCGGCGUUCGAUACCUUCAAGUAAAACAUUUCUUAACCCGCGGCGUGCCCGCUUCCAUUCUAGCGUUCGCCGUCAUUGUCACUGUUGGCUACGGACUGAUGGUGGCGGCUGGCUUGUAAUUGCCAAGUCGGUGGGGACUUGGAACUUGUUCUUCUCAAAGUAUGAACAUCAUGCGAUCACAUGAGAAGCCAAGAUAUACGUGCAACUGCCUGACGAGUCCACUGUAUUUAAGCGUCAUUUGUUACGACCUGUUGGAUGCGUUCUUACUUUGUUGUUUAUUAACCUGUUGGAGAGUACAUAGACAGACGGGAGAGUCUGCGUUGAAGCAAAGUAAGCAAAAGCUUGCUUCUGGGAGUUCCCGGCAAGGUGGGAACUGGUCUAUCCGGGUGGUGGUAUGAGAUAGUACAGUUUUGGUGUCGCUGAGCGGCCAUGAAGACCUGGUGCCAUAUCAUGGACUAUUUUUCGGUCCAUUUGUUUUAGAACCAGACGUUGUCUGUUAGCGGAUUGGCGGUAUUGAAAAUGUCUCUGCUUUGCGAAGCAUCUUUUCUGGUAUUUUGAAUGCUCAAUCC